UGUCACUGCAGUUAACAUACUUUAAAAAAUUGAUUUUUUAAUGGUCCGAUCGUAGCAUUAAUAACUUCAAAACAGUUAAAUUUGUCGAUUUAGGUUAUAAUUUGCAAAAGAGCAAAGAGAAGAGCAAGUCAACACUGAUAUUAAAAAAAAGUUGUUGCUUGUAUUGUUUAUGUAUGUAAACAUCUGCGUGUAAGCAGUCAAAAGAGAAAAGGAAAAAAAGGAAAAGAAAAUUGCAUAUAAAAGAAUGUAAAAGGAUGUAACAACAGGCAUUAGAACAGUUCCAAAGAAGACACCAAAACAAGCAAGUCCAACAAUAUUUUGCAAUAAAAUUUAAGUAAAUUAUCGCUCAUUUCAACGAAAUUCCAUAAAUAUUUGUGUAAACUAAAUGGACAUUAGCGGUAGUAGAUCAAUGAAUCUCCCACUCGAUCAAGAGCUCAUCGUACAAGCGUCGAAAACUUUUGGUGACAAAAAAUGUAAUGCUACGACUGGCGCUUUUGUAGCUGGCAAUAUGCACGGUGACCCUGGGACGGUAGGUGUAUACGUCGAAUUAAUGGGUGAAGGUAACAGCUUGUCAGUGCAACUAUCGAAUACUGUUAAAUUUUUUCGACAAAUAUCUGGUGGCUUUGGUACAGAGGUAUUUAAUAAUGGCACACACAUUAUGACUUGCGACGGAAAGUACUCGUUCAUAAAGUUGUUAAAUGGCAGGAAAUUAAGUCGUGAAAGUUUUGGUUUAGGUUAUAAACAUGUGAAAGGUCACAAUGGCCAUUUAGCCAUCUCUCAAGUAGGCGAUCACAAUCUUUUCACCUUUGAUGUGUCAGCCAAAGCCAAAGUCUGGAGCUCAGCGGAUAAUGCCACCACUGUGGAAUUAACUGGCAAUAUAACGUACUAUUUAAGUGGCCCAUUUGCGGGUUCAAAAAAGUUCGGUGGUGGCUUAGGAUUCACACAUCGUUUUUAGAUUGGAAACUUGGAGAAUUUUACGAGAUCACUGGUGUUUAGGAAUAUUAUGUUAUUUUUUUAUGUUACUUCGUUGUGUUUAGAAAUUUGUUGUAUAUUUUUGUUAUUUAUUAUAAAAUAUACAUACAUAUUUACUAGUAUUGUUAAUAAUUUUUUAUCUACAUAUUUUUAUAUUCAUUUAAAUGCAAUUUAAAUAAAUAUUAAAAAUAUUUUUUAACAAUUUUACAAAAUUUA